UCAAUUGUUGCUGCUGCUGCUCCGUCGGAUUAUUGCAGAUGCAGCCCCUCCUGAGCACUUCUUCUUCCACAAUUUUCUUGUCUUCGUCUUCUCUCCAUACCCUAUCGAAGUAUGACAGCUGCUGGGAAUCUCCUCGAUACUCCUCCAGCUCUGGCGUUACAUCACCAGCUCACCUCUUGUUCAAACGUUAACCCUGAUUCUUGCGACGAGCCGUCGAAUCCGAAUUUUAAUCACGCUGAGUUGGAUUCGAGGCCUCAACUAGGGUCCGGUGGGGAUGAGAAGGGGAUAGAUUUUGAGAUCGGGAAAUCCAGCGAGCUGAAGUUUUGUUCGAAUAAGGGUUUUGGCUCUCGAUUGAGUAGGGGAAACGAUGGAGAUAGGGAUGGAAUCCAUAGGGUUUUGAAGCGAUGCAGAGUGAAGGCCUCCACGGCGGCGAAGCUUGUCGAUGAUUGGUCGGGGAGGAAAAUUGAGCAGGGAGUUCCUGAAUUCAAGUGUUCGUUGCCAUUUCUUGUUGGAGCUCCGAAACAGGUCCACUGUGGUGUUUGUCAGAAAGCUGUAUUCGAUGAGGAGAAGAUAUUGUGCACUGUUAAUGGUUGUCAUAGUGUUUUUCACCUAACAUGUGUGAAGGAAAGCAUGGGUUUCUCAUCUUCGAAGAACUUUAAGUGCCCACAGCAUGUCUGUUUCUUGUGCAAGCAAAAGAACCGUUUAUGGAGGUGCAUUCGAUGUCCAAUAGCAUGGCAUGAUAAAUGUGCUCCAUUUCCGGAAUACGUGAUUAAUCUUCCUGAUCGACCCCGAGAAGCCAUUUGUUGGAAGCAUCCUACAGAUUGGCAUUUGGAUAAGCAAGAAGUUCCAGCAAAAAGCAUUGAGGACGUGUUUUCCCUCUUACCUCUUCCAUACAACAAGGAGGAAUUCGACAUCGACAUAAACUGGAAGACCACAAACAAAGCUAAGCUGGUCCCGCAAUCCUAUGUGCAUAUCAAACGAAAUGUGUAUCUCAUAAAAAAAAAGCGUAGUAAUAACGUCGAAGCUGAUGUCGGAUGCACGAGCUGCAGCUCUACUCAAUGCUCGGAGGGUUGCGUCUGCAGAAUGCAGUGCGUAAGCUGUUCGAAAGCUUGUCGUUGCUCCAAAGACUGCAAAAAUCGACCCUUCCAGAAAGUGAAAAAGAUCCAAAUUGUCAAGACCGAACACUGCGGUUGGGGUGUAGUGGCUGCCGAACCAAUCUGCAAAGGCGAAUUCAUCGUGGAAUACGUUGGAGAAGUAAUCGACGACGCCUUGUGCGAAAGAAGGCUGUGGGACAUGAAAGACGAAGACGCGAAGAACUUCUACAUGUGCGAAAUCAACAAGGACUUUGUAAUCGACGCAACGUUCAAGGGAAAUGCGUCGCGCUUCUUAAACCACAGCUGCGCGCCAAAUUGCAAGCUCGAAAAAUGGCAAGUCGAAGGGGAGACUCGUGUCGGCAUCUUUGCGUCCAGAGCGAUUGAGAUCGGAGAACCGUUAACUUACGACUACCGGUUCGUACAGUUUGGGCCGGAGGUCGAGUGCCAUUGCGGCGCUGAAAAAUGCAGCGGAUAUUUGGGAACGAAAAGGAGGAUCGUUUUUUGUAGUCCGAAUACGAACACGGACACGAACACGAACACGGGAUUGGAGAUUUCGUGGGGACCGAAACGACAGCGGACGUCGAAGAAAUUUGUGGGAUUGAGUAUAGAAUGAAUGUGAAGGAACAUUUUUGUUGUUGUUAGAACUUAUGUUCAUCAAUUUGUCUUGUGGAAGACACAGAUAUGAGUUUGUUGUGUGUAUUUUUGUUGGUCUUUUUAAUUUUUUUGUUUCAUGUUUUUAGUUAUAAGGCACAAUUGAGCCUUUUGUUUCUCCAAAGUUUGUAUUGUGA